UGUUAUUCCUUUUUACGACAUAUCAAAACCAUCAGAAGAAAAAUGCCUGUCUUGAAGCUAAGCUCGGAACCUCCAGAUGUUAAUUUAGACAAUUUGGAGUUGUUUUUGGAUAACGAUGCGCUGUUCGUGGAAUAUUUCAACGCCUUCCUCGGCCUGCCGUCCUUUGCCUUGCGGCUUCGCUACAACGCCGAGGCCGGGGCUUUCGACAUGGUCGGGGGAGGGUGCUGGGCUUGUCGGGCCAUGCGGGCCAUGAACAGGGGGGAGAACCCGACUCCGUUCUUACGGGAGAGCCGGCGAGCCAGCAGGGAAGAUGACUCGUUGGGAGCACAGCUGGACAAACUGCAGGGACUGGUUUGGAUCAAGGUCCACCGCCUUCCCGCCUUCCUACAGAGCAGGUACUACUCCAAGUACCGCCUGGCCAAGCUACUGUCCCAGGUGCCCGCCUGUACCUCCGGUCUGUACCUACAUGUAGACCCAGACUACAGACCAUGGGCCCCGCGGUACAGUCUGGAGGACACAGAGGAUGACUCCGCUAAGGACACCAUCAACGACGAAGAUGUAGAAUUUGACAAGUUCGUGAAGAGCAUGUGUGUCUGUCUCGGCCAGACGAACCCAACACAAACCAAGCAGUGGUACGCCUGGGCAAAGCACGCGGAGACUACCACAAGCACCCCGAGCGACCAGGAACCCAACCCGCCACCAUCAUCAACAAGUUACGGCACUCUCUUCAAACAGAAGGGCUUCGACGUCUACAUGUCCAAACCGCCUUCGAGAAAGAAGAAAGUCUCUUCGAGAGAAAUUGUAAAGAUGGCUGAUAAUGGCGGACGAGCUAGUCCCUACUUACACUCUCCUGCUGCGUGUAUGUGCGUGAAUUCUGAUCUAAACGCUCUGGAGACGGAGGAAGGUAACAGGGGGUGUAUUGACGAGGAUCCAUCCGGUUACUUGGCGGUGUAUGGUCGAGGUAUCGCCGACAAGGCAACGGUGAAAGAGUUCGGAGAGUUUUUGAAGAGCACGAGUGGCGAAGUCAAGUGGAGUCUGUGGCUGGAUGCAGACCAUACCAGAUUUGUACAGUGCGUACACAAGAUGGGAGCUUUCCUCGCCAAGCUGCAAACCAAGUAUCUACACAGCAGCUCCCCCUUACGACUGUCCACGGAGAUGGAGCAGAACCUGGGGUUGCAAAGGAUUCGUGACUGGCGACCCCACCGUCUCCAGGAGGCGCAGAGCCUGCUGGUGCAGCCGCUGCUGCAGUACUGGUUACCGCGCUUCCUGCGCAGCAGAGACCAGGGCUCCCCUCUCAUCAGCUACGAGGGGAGCGACGUUUCUGUGGAGUCCCUAGGGCGCCCUACUUCAGCAACAUCUCUCGGGUUCGACACGGCGGAUGUGACGUCACGGCCCCAGUCCUGUAUCCCCAGACUCCGGUCUUCUACAGAGGCAGCCAGACGCAUCUACGGAGGCGGCCAAGGAAAGGCCGACGAGUUUGAAAGAUUCAAGACAAGUGUCAGCAGGUCCAGAAGCGCUCGGAGCACGCACAACCACUCCAGCACCCCCCAAGUCGACCAGCUCCAGUCGGAAUCAAACAUCACUCGCACAAGACCGUCUUCGAAAAACAAGAAAGGCAAAGACGAAGCAAAGCAGAAACAAGAAGAACUUAGGAUGAAGAAAGAACUGGAGAGACGAUUUCCCAUAACGAAAGUGCGGCCUAGAAAAUCGUCCUCCUCUACAAGACGACCGAAGAGUAGUCCCAGUACCGGUGCUGAUAGUAAAAUGGUGUCAUUCUGCCUCUCCGCAACACGACCACCUACAGCACCGAACAACACAGGGAGGGGUACACCGACUAAAAAGUGUGAACACGAAAGAAAAGUGGAAACUAAAUCCCCAGGGAAGCAACCCAACCGUCCCAAAACUGCAGAAGCCCAACGUGAAGAACUGAGCAGUGACGUCACACAGGAAACGGAAGUGACGCAAGUUGAGCAGACUCUAGUUCUUGACAAACGAGCCGGGAACUUUUUCGAGCAGUUCUGUGAGGCGUCAGGCAACAAGAUAUGGGUGAACGCUGUAGACUUCUGGAGGGACUUGCAGGAGUACCGGCGCCUGUUCAACACGGAACCCCGCCAGGACUACAACAUCCAGCGGAAAGCUAGGCGGCUGUACUCACGAUACAUCGUGACGGGGGCGUCCCGGAGUAUCCUCUGUCCUGUAGACAUAUCCUUCGAGGUGGGGUGUGCCCUGUCGGCAGAGGCGCACAGCCAGGACAACUUCUCAGCUGUGGAGGACCACGCCCUGCUGGUGCUGAAGGAGGCCUGGCUCGCCAUGAGGAGUGAGGAGGCUGACCUGUUGGUGGGACCGCUGAAGAUACCACACUGAGGGGAGCAGACUCCGUACAUCCGUCUCCAUACAUCUAUUAGGCCAUCUUGAUUUGAUUAUAUGGAUGACAUCACCUGGGAACCCCAAAAUUGGUGCGAGCAUGCGAAGAAAAAAAAAGUUUGGCCUUAAAAAGUUGCCUUCAUUAUGUAUCAAGAAGGUUCAACAUAUGACUAAACAAGAGUAUGACAUACCCAACAAUAGAUUAAUUUUUGUUCUUUCUCAUUUUCUUCAGCUUUGUGGCUAACUUUGG